GGUGUGGUGAACCCUUGGGUUAAACUCUUGUUACUCCCUCCCCAAGUCAUCUCGCCGUUAUCAGAGGGCAGGCCUGUGCCGGUCUUGGACGAUGGCGGGUUCACCUUUGCUGUGUAGCCGGUCUGUGGCCCUCUGCUCACUGACCUGUCUGCCAGUGGGGACAGUGUUUCCGCGACAAAUCAUUGCAGACUAUACUUAAUUGUGUGGAGGAGCAGGGAGAUGUUGGAAUGUGGUGUGCUGAUGUUUUAUGACCAUGUGGAGCUGUCAUUCACUGAUGUAGACAACCCGUUGGAGGCAUUCAAAGAUUCAAAGAAGGGAGCUGUUUACCUGCUGCCAUACCAAGUUGUAUUUGUGGCAAAAGAUAACAGAGAGGCACUGAAAUCCUUCACAAUGCCAUUUUACCUGAUGAAGGGCUGUGAGAUCAAACAGCCAGUGCUUGGAGCAAAUUACAUCAAAGGAAUCAUCAAAGCUGAGCCAAAUGGAGGAUGGGAAGGUUCUGCAGCAUUUAAGCUUUCUUUCACCAGUGGAGGUACCAUUGAAUUUGGACAGCAGAUGUUACAUACAGCAUCACAAGCCUCUAGGGGUGAAAUCCCAGCUGGUGCAUUUGGCUACACCUAUAUGCCAAACAGUGCGUGUGGAACUACAGUACCUGUGGGAGUCCCAGCAUAUGAUGCACCAAAUUCUGCAAUCUUUGCCUACCCUCCCCCACUUCCAGCUGGAUUUUACCCUGGACCACCUCCCACAGAAGGUACAAUGAACUAUAUGGCACCUCCUCCUUACCCAGGUCCUAUGACUCUUCCAGGAGGUGAUGCACUUCUGUCACGGACGCAGGAUUGUGAAGUAGGGCCUGCCAACAAGUCUGAAAAUACUCUGAGCAGUCAGUCAGCACCUCAUAGUGUGCCUAUGGACCAACCCCCUCCAUACACACCGUGUGCUGAAAACCAAGGGCAGCAGUGUGACCAGCUUGGGAACACAGUUCGCCAGCCCCUUGGUGACUGGAGCCAGCAACCACAGCAUGCAUGUCGCUUCCAUACUGCUCCUGACUCCUCUCAAUAACUGGUGAAUUGAAGAUCUGCGUAUUUUUCUGCUGAAGAAAGCGACACUGAUUCUCAGCAUCUCAACUUUGGAGGUGCUACAGCCGACUGACAUGCAUCUGUAUCAGCAAACAACGUUUCCUUGGGCAAUGGAAGCCAAGUAAAGUGAAUGGCAGCAGGCAGCAAAUCUACUUAAGGAACUGCAGAAUAUUAUUUUUUUUCUUCAGAAUGGAUCAAUAUUUUAUUUGCGGUCUCCUGAGUUUCAUCGCACCUGCAUGGACAGACGUCACUGACUCCCUACCUUCAUUCUGUCUAUCUGUACUCUAAUGGACUAUUUGUUAAUUAGGAAACAAAUUUGCUUGGGAUACUUAGAAGCUCAGUAAGAACUGGUCCAGUUAUUGUUGUCUCCAAGUCACUUAUUACCUGUUCAUUGAUGACUUGAGCACAUUGUGGGAAAGCCCAAAUUUAAAAACUUCUUUCAUGGGAUGUAUGUACCACUGGCAAGAACAGCAUUUGUCACCCUACCUUAAUUGACCUAAGUGAAGUGAGUAUUGGACCACUUCAGAGGACCAUUAAAAGUCAACCAUGUUACUGAGUCUGAAGUUGCAUACAGGUCAGACCAAGUAAGCUUGGCAGAUUGCCUACCCUAAAGCGCAGUAGUGAAAUAGAUUGGUCCUUAUGUCAGUUGAUCGUUUCUUGGUUACCAUAAUGGAGACUAGUUAUCAAUUCUAGAUGUAUUAAUUGAAUUUGCAUUUGUCAGUGGCCAUACUGGAAUUUGGAUAUCCCUAAAGCAUGCUAGUUUUUGGAUUACUCAUCCAGUAACACUAGCAAAAUGUCACCAUCUUUCCAUUGAUAUUUAGUGCUUUCAAGACCCAUUGAAUUGCCAUAGCAAAAACUGACUUAACCUUUGCAUUUACAUUUGACUUUACACAGCCAAUGAGAGGUUUGAAGUUCUGUUAGUUUAGGAAAUUGAGCUGCCAAUUUGUGCACAAAAAGACUGCCCAGAUAAUCUGUUCUAAUGAGAUUAAUUGAACUUUAAAUAUUGGCCAGUUCAUCCAGAACUCCCUGCUAAUUUUUUUUUUGAUGCUGUGGAGUCUCUUACAUCUGCACAAAGGAGCCAACAGGACUUUAGCGGAUUAUGGAUAAGAAGUUAGUGAUGUAGGGACUGUGAAGUCCUGCCCAUCCACACUAGAUAAGAGGGCAGUGGCUUUGUGUUAAUUCUCAUCUUGUAGCAUUAUGUGCAGCAGAUCCUCUGCUUGCCCUGGAUCCACAAGGACUAUUGCGCUGAUAUGGAAUAUCCCGCAACAUCGCGUAUAAAUGAUGAAGCUUUAUGCUUUUACCUUCCAACUAUUGCUGUUGGGGUGGUGUAUAGAUGCAAGAGUGUGAUUAGAUUUGUUUUCAAUUGUAUUGAUCUGGAAUACACUCUCCUGAAAGGCCACUGGAAGCAGGUUCAAAAGAAAAAUUCAAAUACAAUGGAAUAAAAACUUGAAGGGGAAAUCAGGUGUAGAGCUAGUGAUAAAGAACAGGGAGUGAGUUGAGUUGAAUUGUUCCUUCAUAGGUAUCAUGGGCUGAAUGGUCUCUUUCAGUACUGUGAGUCAAUGCUGGAACUUGAGUUACUGCACUAUGCCUUUUACUCAAUGCUGAUCUGUAAACGGGUCUCCACAGUCACCCUGUAAAUGGAUUUUGAAUUUUAGUCAUUCAGAUUCUUCCUGUGAAUGAUUCUUUAAUGGCUUAAAUUAUGAUACAUUGCUGAUGCUCAGCUCAACAGAACAGUGCCAAAUCCCAGAACUCUGGAGGUUUUAUUGCUAGAAACUGUGGCAGCAAGUGCAUCUCCCGAUGUAAAUAUGGCCCAAGAACGUCAUGCUCAAUAAGGCCCAGUUUUUAGGUCUGCUAAUCAAUGAACUAGGAAACCUGAAAAGUUUCUGUCCCAGCAUUGAAUUGGACCACAAUUAUUAUAGUUGAACCCAUGUGACUUAGCUUGAAGAUUGUUAAUUAGGCCCUAGGUCUCUGUGUAAAACACAACAUUUUGUGUUUGAUUCCACAAAUCGUUAUAAGCUGUUGUGAUUCACAUGCAAGCAUGUUCACUUCCUUUGUAUUCAUGUAUUUCAAAACCCUCACCAACACCCAUGUUAUUAGUGAUCUAUAUACCAGCAAGGAUGAGCUGGUUUAGCACUUGUUUACCACAGCGAGGGACAGAUAAAAUGAGGCAUCUCUUCUAUCCUUACAUGGAAGACCUGUUCAUUCAGAUUUAAGAUAUUAAGGGAUUCACAUUCUGGUCUAGCAGUUAUAGGCACCAGCUUGUCAUCUUGCUGCAUGCACAAUGCAUCCCUGCCUCUGAUGGAUAGUUUCUGAUAUAGCAGGCCAAUGACUUGUUGAAUUGCACAGUAUAAAUUUAUGACAAGAUAUUCUAGGUUGCAAUAAAGUAUAUAAGUG